AUGAUCCAUGAAAGAAUUCAAGAAAGACAGAAACAACUGGAUUUGCUGCAAUGCCAGGCAGGCACUGUCAUUUGUUGUGCUAACACGGCUGUGGACGAGACAGACACUGUUUUCACAUUGAUCUCUCGUCUGUUGGAGAGAACCAAGGCACAAGCAAAGGAACAUAUAAGAUCUCAGCAGGAGGCUGAGGAGCACAGACUCAAAGAGCUUCAGAACAAAGUGCAAGAGGACAUCACCACACUGAAGACCAAGUGCUACAAACUGGAGAAGCUCUCACAGUGUGAGGACCUUGGCUCCAUUCUCAUUUUUCCAUCAUUGUCUGAAGUUGAGGAAGCUCCUGAGCUUUCCAUCAGUGAGGCAACACCCCCAACAUUCAUAGAUCUGGUUGUAAAUGCAGUGGCUGAUUUCCGAGACAAGCUGCAGAACACUGAUGCUCUGAGUCGAGCUGCAGAUGAAGAGGACCCAAAGCUCUCUGCUGUUGCCUGGACGACGCCCCCACAGAUGAAUGAGCAGGAGCAGGCUAUGCAGGCUUACCAGCAGCAGCUGCAGGCCAUGGCGGCUGAGACAUGGCUCAACCUUCAGAAUAGCAGUCUGUAUAUUAGUGGCAGACCUUCAAACACAAUCGGGAUCUACGUGGAUGUGGAGGCUGGAGUCGUGUGCUUCUACAGCGUGGGUCGAGAAGUCGCUUUGAUCCACACCAUUAACACUAGAUUCACUCGGCCGCAGCUGGCAGCGAUCUGGCUGAAGGAGGCCGCUGACUGUGCAGAGAUCUGCAAUAUCACUCCACACUAG